AAAAAAAAAAAAGAGAUCGAGACCAUCCUGGUCAACAAGGUGAAACCCCGUCUCUACUAAAAAUACAAAAAUUAGCUGGGCAUGGUGGUGCGUGCCUAUAGUCCCAGCUUCUCGGGAGACUGAGGCAGGAGAAUUGCUUGAACCCAGGAGGCGAGGUUGCCGUGAGCCGUGCCAGUGCACUCCAGUCUGGGUAACAACAGCGAAACUCCGUCUCAAAACAAAACAAAACAAAAAGAAUCAAAAGCUAAGUCUUCAUAGUCUGAGUAUUCGUAAGUUCAGUAUCAUUGGUGACCAGUUGAUUUAAGGGUUUAGGGUUUAUUAAACUCUUCUGUUAUGUACAGGAUUCGUAGGGAUGGGAGGGCAAUUUAAUAAGAAUAAUGGCGGGUAGGAUAGUUCAGAUUAUUUCCAUUUCUUGAGCGUUUAUGGUGCUGGUAUGGGUUAGCUUUGUAGUAAGUAUUAGGGAAAUAACAUAUAGGACUGGAGAGCUAAUUAGGAAAAUAAUUAUGAGGAUGUGAUCAUGGAAAUCAAUUAGUUCUUUAUAAUGGGGGACGUAGCGUUUUAUAGACCUAGUUGGGCUGGGUGAGCCAUUAAGAUAUAUAGAGUUUGGUCUAUAAUUUAACUUUCAAAAAGUUAUGUAAUUAUUUUACUAAUAUCUUAUUGAAAAGUUAUAGGGUCUAUGGAAUUGGCUUGAAACCAGUUUUUGGGGGUUCAAAUCCUUCCUUUUGUUGCAUUGAACUUAGCACAGAAAGUCAACACCAGAACAAAAGUAUGCCAAAUUGCAGGGUUUAUUGCCGGCGACCACGGAGGACUCACAUCUCUCCAACCCGUGGCAGAGAAAGAAGAAUGACAAGACCUUUUUAUACCCACAAAACCACCUUGGGAGUGGGGGUGAGGAGCGGAGAUGGGAAUGAAAGCUGUCAAUCACCUCCUAGGCUGAGAUGAGGGUGAGGGGGCUCCAGACAUUCCAAGGGCCAGGGGACUUUUGUCAUUCCGAUUGCCACUUAAGUGGUUUACAGAGGUCAAGGUAAACAUUAGUUUAUACAUUAUUUGGGCAGGUGUGGGGUCCACAGAUUUUUCAGUUGAUUGGCGCCAGGAUGGAAUUAUCUGGGGGUGCUUACUUUGGUAAACAAAAGCCAGCAAUUCUGGCAGUUACAGAUAAGAGAAAGUAUGCAGCUUGUCCUCUCUUUGCAUUUUGCAAGGUAAUCUUAGUAGUUUACAGAAGCCAUGGCUAGCAGUCAUUGUGAGGAGAAUGGAACAGUUUUCCCAUUGUAAAAUGGCAUUGCACUGGUUCUAAUUCUAGGCCAGCUAUAUCACACUUUUUUGGUUAAAGAUUUUAUGUAGGUGGACUCUUCAAAUGUGUGAUAAGGAGGAGGGCAGCCAUAGAGUCAUUCUAGAUUGGUAGAUAGCUGCUCAAUGGUUGAAACUUUUCGUUUUGAGGAGAAGGCUUCUCAAAUUAUGAAAAUUAUUAGAACAACUGCUGUUAAUGAAAUUAAUGAGCCCACAGAUGAGACGAUGUUUCAGGUAGUGGAUGCAUCAGGAUAAUCCGAGUAUCGUCGGGGUAUUCCGGAUAAGCCAAGAAAAUAUUGUGGAAAGAAAGUUAAAUUUAUGCCUACAAAUAUAGUAAUAAAGUGAAUUUUAGCAUAGGUCUGGUCAAGUGUAUAACCCAAGAAUAAGGGGAAUCAGUGAAUAAAGCCCCCUAUGAUAGCAAAUACUGCUCCUAUGGAUAGGACGUAAUGGAAAUGAGCUGCUACAUAGUAUGUGUCGUGUAAGACAAUGUCUAAUGGUGAGUUGGCUGGUACGAUUCCUGUUAAUCCACCUACAGUGAAAAGGAAGAUAAAACCCAGAGCUCAGAAUAUUGCGGGAGAUGGUUUAAUGUGGCCGCCAAAGUCAGAAGCUUAUAUUAUUUAUUCGAGGGAAUGCCAUAUUGGGAGCACCAAUUAUUAGAGGAAUAAGUCAGUUUCCAAAACCUCCAAUUAUAAUUGGUAUUACUAUAAAGAAGAUUAUAAUAAAUGCAUGAGAGGUGACAAUAACUUUAUAAACAUGGUCAUCUUCUAUUAGGCUUCUCGGUUGACCUAGCUCUGCUCGAAUUAGGAGGCUUAGGGCUGUUCCUACUGCCCCUGCUCAUGCGCCAAAUAGUAAGUAUAGUGUUCCGCUAUCUUUAUGGUUAGUUGAAAAUAGCGAUUUAUGAACAUAGGUAGGAGGUAAAAUGGCUGAGUAAGCAUUAGACUGUAAAUCUAAAGACAGAAGAGUAGCCUUCUUUUUACCAGCUCUGAGGUGAUUUAUCAUAUUGAACUGCAAAUUCAAAGCAGCAGCUUCAACCCUGCCGGGGCUUCUCCGGCCUUUUUUCCCUGACUGGCGGGAGAAGUAGAUUGAAGCCAGUUAAUUAGGUUGUUUAGCUGUUAACUAAAUUUUUGUGGGUUAAAGUCGCAUCAAUCUAGGAAGGGCUUAGCUUCAUUAAAGUAAUUGAUUUGCAUUCAGUUGAUGCAAAAUAAAGUUUUGCAGCCUUAGAGUGGUGCAGAAAUUAAGUAAAGUUUACUUACUAAGGGCUUUGAAGGCUCUCGGUCUUAUUAAACUAAAUUUCUAGACUAUUAGUAUUAGCGGGGUUACAGGUAGGAGAAAGGCGGAAGAAAUCAUAAGUGGAGAUAGAAGUGGUGGUGGCUUUAUAUAUUUCAAUGGCGAAUUAAUUUUUGUAUUAUUGGAUGUGGGAAAUAUUGUUAUUGAGAUGGAGUAUGUUAGGUGUAUAUAAAAAUAUAAGUUUAUUAGUGUUAAUAUAGCUAUGGUAAGAGGGAAAAUGAGGUGGUCGUUUUUUGUAAGUUCUUGUAUAAUAGCUCAUUUAGGAGAAAAGCCUGUUAGUGGGGGUAAACCUCCUAAAGAUACUAUUAUUCGUGGAAUUAUGGGUAUUAUUCAUGUGAGUUUAUUCCAGGUGUGUGAUAGUGAUAGGGUUGUUACAUUUGAGUUUAGAUAAAAAAUUAGGAAUGUAGAGAUUGUUAGGAAGAUAUAGAUGAGUAGGCUUAGACUGGUAAUAUUUGGGUCAUAGUAUAGUACUGCUAUCAUUCAUCCCAUCUGAGUGAUUGAGGAGUAAGCUAGGAUUUUGCGCAGUUGUGUCUGGUUAAGUCCCCCUCAGCUACCAAAUAUAAUGGAUAAGAUUGAGGUUUUUUUUUUUGAGACGGAGUUUCGCUCAUGUUACCCAGGCUGGAGUGCAAUGGCGCGAUCUCAGCUCACCGCAACCUCCACCUCCUGGGUUCGGCCAAUUCUCCUGUCUCAGCCUCCUGACUGAGUAGCUGGCAUUACAGGCACUCGUCACCAUGCCCAGCUAAUUUUUUGUAUUUUUAAUAGAGACGGGGUUUCACCAUGUUGACCAGGAUGGUCUCGAUCUCUUGACCUCGUGAUCCACCCAUCUUGGCCUCCCAGAGUGCUGGGAUUAUAGGCGUGAGCCACUGCGCCCGGCUGCUUGUAUGUCUUCUUCAGAGAAGUGUCUGUUCAUGUCCUUUGUCCUUUGUUUUUGAGGCAGAGUCUUGCUCUGUUGCCCAGGCUGGAGUGCAGUGGUGCCUUCUCUGCUCACUGCAACCUCUGCCCCUGGGUUCAAGCGAUUCUCUUGCCUCAGCCUCUCAAGUAGCUGGGAUUGCAGGCACCUGCCACCAUGCUUAGCUAAUUUUGUAUUUUUAGUAGAGAAUGGGUUUCACCAUGUUGUGCAGGCUGGUCUUGAACUCCUGACCUCAAGAGAUCUACGCCUCAGCCUCCCAAAGUGCUGGGAUUACUGGUUUGAGCCACUGCUCCCCACCAAUUUAUGUUAUUUAAAUGCAAAUUAUUGGCAAACAAAUUGGGAACUGCCUCUUCUUUUUCUUUAAAAACCUACUUCCAACUGUUGUUAAUCACAGUGAAUAUUCAGGGUGAGUUGAAUGUAUACUCCCAAGGUUGCAGUCCUCAAACUUGACCCAAAUGUACUUUUUUUUUUUUUGAGACUAAGUUUUGCUGUUGUUGUCCAGGCUGGAGUGCAGUGGUGCAAUCUCAGCUCACUGCAACCUCCCCAUCCUGGGUUCAAGAGAUUCUCCUGCCUCAGCCUCCCCAAUAGCUGGGAUUACAGGCACGCUGCUACCACACCAGGCUAAUUUUUGUAUUUUGAGUAUAGACAGUGUUUCCCCAUGUUGGUCAGGCUCCAAGUCCUGACCUCAGGUGGUCCACCUGCCUCAGCCUCCCAAAGUGCUGGGAUUACAGGCAUGAGCCACCAGCAUGAGCCACCGUGCCAGACCCCCAAAUAUACUCUUACUUAUAUUAAUUUUGCCUCAGUUUUUUUUUUUUUUGAGAUGAAGUUUUGCUCUUGUUACCCAGGCUGGAGUGCAAUGACGCGAUCUCGGCUCACCUCAACCUCCGCCUCCUGGGUUCAAGCAAUUCUUCUGCCUCAGCCUCCUGAGUAGCUGGGAUUACAGGCACGCACCACCAUGCCCAGCUAAUUUUUUGUAUUUUUAGUAGAGAUGGGGUUUCACUAUGUUGUUUAGGCUGGUCUGAAAGUCGUGACCUCGGGUGAUCCACCCAUCUCAGCCUCCCAAAGUGCUAGGAUUACAGACACGAGCCAGGCAGUUUUUUAAGUUCUAAAAUUAUACUAUUUGCCCCUAGCACCAAGAUUGUAGUCUCAAAAUACCAUUGCCCAAUGAAAGGAAACAAGGCUUCCUGGACAAAAUGCUGAUUCCAGGUCUAGGCCAGAAAUGUGUACGGAACCUGGAACAUAUUGUCACUCUGGAUAGCAAAGAAUCUAUAAAGAUUAUUAGGAUGAUUUCAACAUGUCCGAAGGGCCAAUCUGAAGGGACUCCUUCUAACCAAAGAUGGGACAUUUUGUACAUUAGUAAGGAUAAUAGUUGCAGUGAACUGAGAUAUAUCAAAUAUGUUUGAAUAUCUGCAUUCAUAAUGAUCCUUUUGAAAAAAUAAAAGUGGGCUGGCACAGCUCCUCAUGCCUGUAAUUUCAACACUCUGGGAGGCUGAGUUAGGAGGAUCACUUCAUCCAGGAGUUCAAGACCAGCCUGUGCAACACAGGGGGACUUUGUCUCAACAAAAGAUUUUUUAAAUUACUCAGGUUUGAGGGCCCGUGUCUUUGGUCCCAGCUACUCAGGAAGCUGAGAUGGGAGGGUCACCUGAGCCUAGAAGUUUGAGGCUGUAGUGGCAUGACUGCUUCUCUGCAUACCAGCCUGGGCAACAGAGCUAGACCCUCCCUGUCUAAAUAAAUUAAUUAAUAGAAGUGGUCACCAUUGAAGGAUAUACAUGAAACAGCCCAUGAUUUUGAAAAAUGGUAAACAAGAAAUCAAGCCAUGAACUGAUGUUUUCUAUAUAAGUUGUACAAGUGAGUAACAGUUCAUAAGAAGCAGCAUCUCUUUUUUAUAUUUACUUCAUUUUUUUCUUAAUGCAAGGCUCUUCUUGGGGUAGCAGUGUCUCUUUCUUCAUGCACGGCCCUUCUUAGGGUAGCAGUAUCUCUUCGAAGUGUGGCAGCUCAUAAAUGAAGAAGGAAUGAUACAACAAUGCCUUCAUUGUUCAAUCCGUAACUGAUCAAUGGCCAUUAACACCACCAAUUAAAAAAAAAAAAGAUCUCCAGAGAGUACACACCUCCUCCCAGAAGAAACUAGCACAGCCUUUUUGCCCUGAAUCAAGUCCAGCCUGAAUCUCACCAAGUCUUGAGAUCAAACUACUAAUUUAUCAAAACUAGAACAAAGUGAAGAGCAAGUUAACCAACAUCAUAAGAUACAAUUAGCAAAAUUCACAGUAUGAGAAACAGCAUAAUGAGAAUACACUUAGCAUAAUUCAAAGUGUGGGGAAAUGGCCUGAUUUAUUCAAUAAAUGGACUGCAAGGGACAGCACAGAGAUGAAAGUGGGAUGCUGUCAGGAUCAACAAAACCCUAAGAGGCAAAUCACACAAUCCCAAAGAGAGACUUUAUUUGGAUCCUGAUUCAAACAAUAAAUACAUGAAACGACUAGAAAUUUGGAGCUAGAAGGAGAGUUGACAGUGAUAAAGAGCAAUGGUGUGAGAUGGUUGGUUGAUGAUGGUAUUGGGAUUAUAUUUUUUAAUGAGUUCUUGUCUCCGGGCAUGGCGGUUCACACCUAUAAUCUCAGCAGUGUGGGAGGUCAAGGCAGGAAGAUCCUUUGAAUCCAGGAAUUGUAGACCAGCCCGGGCAACAUAGCAAGACCCUGUCUCUACUAAAAUACAAAUAAAAAGAUGAGCUGGGCAUGGUGUGAGUCUGUAGUUGCAGCUACUCAGGAAGUUGAGGCAGGAGAGGCCACAGUGAACCAAGAUCAUGCCACUGAACUCCAGCCUGGGUGACAGAGACCUCGUGUUGAAAGAACAAACAAGAAUCGUAUCUUUUACAGACAUCCACCAAGACGGUCAGGGAGGAAAUUCUAUGAUGUGUGGGAUUUGCUAUAAAAUCACGAGAGGAAGAGGAGAAGCAUGUAGGAGUAUACAUGUAAUGCGAUUGGCCGUCAGAUAACAAAUACCUGAAUCUGCUGCUGAGUAGGUGGAAGCUCACUAUACUAGCCUCUUGUUCCAAAAAGCUCUAGAAUAGGAAGUUUGUGUAAAAAUCCACUUCAGGGAUUUGUAACAUGCAUUGAAUAAGAUCGUUUAUACAGAGUGUUUUCUCACCGCGGCUUGCAGGUAGUCAGCACACAAACAUGGUUUUUAGUUUUGUAUAGUCCCCGUCCAUGAAUCACACCCAAAAAAGGUAUGUUGUUCACACCAUGAGCUCUGACCCAUGGACCUUUGUCCACUUGGUGGUAAUUCAUUGGAGUCUGAGGUUUAGAAUGACGAAAUACCAGCCUUCAAAGUCCCAGGCCUGCUAUGAAAUAGCAAAGCCAAUGGUCCCAGAUGCCUUCGUAGCACACCUAGUAAGUAGGACCACUUUUCUCUCACCUUGUAGGCACACUUGAGUCCAUGCACUCAUUUUUCAUUCAUUUCUUAUAUGCCGUGUAUUGGGUACUAGGGAUCCAUAAUACAGUGGACCCACAAUUGACUGGAAGCAUCACUUUUAAAGCAUCAUUUCAGGAUGAGUAUUUUGCAUCAAGUGGAUUCAAGGAACAGUGCGAAGGAUCCAUGGCCUCAAUCACCAUGAAGAGCCUCCCAAGAGCCAACUGUCCUGGGCACAUGUAAGUGAGUGGAGACAUGGAACUCACCCUUACAAGGCCUAGAACCUGACAGAGCAUACAAGACAGAAGCCCAGAUAACUAAGAAGGGGAAGCUGUAGGUGAGAGGUGGGCCCCAAAGGAUUCUGUGAAAAUGCUUUGUGUUUGUGGAUUUAUCACGCAGAACGAAACCUUUGUUUUUAGUCACAGGUUAGACACACUCUCUAUAUAGAAUCUAUGAAGGGACAUUGCUGAAUUUUUUGAGGCCUUUAGUGAAAAAUGGAUUAUCUCAGGCAGCUCAGGAUGAAUAAUACAGUCACCAAGAGGGGCAGGGUGGCCACAGGUGGCCAGCAGCAGGAAUGGGCAUUGUGAGCCAUUGGAUGGGGUUGUGAGAAGUGGCAAUGUGAGUCACUGGCCUGACUUUGUUGUUUCCUGGCAAUCAGGUGACAUAGGAGGCUUUGUGGGGACAGGCAUCAGCCAGGACCAGCAGCCUUCAGUCGGAAGCUGGUAGUGGGAGGAGGAGGAGCUCCGACUACUCUCACGGAAGUGUUUGUGCCCUUGGCACUUGCUCUGUUGCUUUGUUUUUUCCUUUGUUUUAUUUUGUCUGUUGCUUUGUUUUGUUUUUUCUUUUCUUUUUUUUUUGCGUGUUGCUUUGUUUUGUUUUGUUUUUUGUUUGUUUGUUUUUAAAUUUUAUUUUAUUUUGUGUUGCUUUGUUUUUAAAGUCCCCUUGUGGAUCAUCCAUGGGGAAUUGUCCACGCCCCAGCGCUGGCCCCAGUUGCGAGCCUUGUGGCCAGUCUGUUGCAUCCACCACUGCAGAGCCUGCCGUGUUACAUCUCGGAGUGGUGGAGGUCCAGGACGCGCAGCCCAUAAAAUCUAAGAGGCGCAAAGGUUUGGCUGGCCGCGCCAGGAGCUGGGCAGCAAAAAGGAGGCGUAAGAAAAUUUGCCGCAGUGAAAAUGAAGCUCCCAUUCAAGACCUGGAGGAGGGUAGGACUGCAAGGAUUGCGGAGGAGAUGUCACCUGAGAUAGAGCUGCUGCAGGAGGAGAACCGGCAGAAGCUGGGCCUGAGCACCAACCUCAAGCAGGUGGAGGAUGAGGAGAAUUCCUUCUGGGAACAGCUGGAGAAGGAGAAGGAGGCCACGCACAACCUUGAGAAGCAGACUGCCACCCUCCACGCCCAGGUGGCCAACAUGACGAAGAUUGAGGACACUGUGGGGUGCCUGGAAACCGCAGAGGAGGUGAAGAGGCAGCUCUGGAAGGACCUGGAGGGCCUGAGCCAGCGGCACAAGGACAAGCUGGAGAAUACCAAGACACGGCUGCAGCACGAGCUGGACGACCUGCUUGUGGACCUGGACAACCAGCGCCAGACGGUGUGCCACCUGGAGAAAAAGCAGAAGAAGUUUGACCAGCUCCUGGCAGAGGAGAAGACCAUCUCUGCCAAGUAUGCAGAGGAGCGUGACCGGGCUGAGGCUGAGGCCCGAGAGAAGGAGACCAAGGCGCUGUCGCUGUCCCGGGCCCUGAAGGAAGCCAUGGAGCAGAAAGUGGAGCUGGAGCGGCUCAACAAGCAGUUCUGCGUGGAGAUGGAGGACAUCAUGAGCUCCAAGGGCAAGAGCGUGCAUGAGCUGAAGUCCAGGCGGCUUCUGGAGCAGCAGGUGGAGGAGUUGAAGACCCAGCUGGAGGAGCUAGAGGAUGAGCUGCAGGACACUGAAAACACCAAUCUGCAGCUGGAGGUCGACCUGCAGGCCAAGAAGAUCCAGUUCGAGCAGGACCUGCAGGGCUGGGACGAGCAGAGUGAGGAGAAGCAGCAGCAGCUGGUCAGACCGGUGUGCGUGGGCUCCUGCUACCCCAUGGUGGCCAGGGUUGUCCUGGCUUCACCCAGGCUUCCAUUUCCUCCUUCCACCUGGAUUGUGUUAGGGCCCUGGACCACGCCUCCCCUCCCCUGUCCCUCCUGUCCAGUCCCCUGUCCCUCGGGUCAGUGACUCACCUUCUUAGAGUUCUUAGAGUCAGUAAUGCCCACUGGCUUCCGGAGGCCCCACAGAUCCUGCAGAGGCACCUGGGUUCAGA